AACCCCUCCCCUCCUCCCGCUCGGUCUCCUCCCAGCUCGCUCGCCCAGCCCUGCUUGCAGGGACGCCCCUUACCCGCCCCACCGAGCGUCCCCCCUCUGCACCCAGGCCUGCUUCCUCCAGCUGCCCCCGUGGAAGUUGCAGGGCGACCUGAAGCCGAUCCAGCCAUGGCGACUCCCUCUGCUGCCUUUGAGGCCCUUAUGAAUGGAGUGACAAGCUGGGAUGUCCCCGAAGAUGCCAUCCCCUGUGAACUGCUUCUUAUUGGAGAAGCCUCCUUCCCGGUGAUGGUGAAUGACAUGGGCCAGGUUCUCAUUGCCGCCUCCUCCUAUGGCCGAGGCCGCCUGGUGGUGGUAUCCCACGAGGACUACCUGGUGGAGGCCCAGCUCACUCCCUUUCUCCUCAAUGCAGUGGGCUGGCUUUGCUCUUCCCCUGGGGCUCCCAUUGGUGUACACCCAUCCUUGGCCCCUCUGGCCAAAAUCCUCGAGGGCUCUGGUGUGGAGGCAAAGAUUGAGCCGGAAGUGAAGGACUCCCUGGGUGUUUACUGUAUUGAUGCCUACAAUGAAACCAUGACUGAAAAGUUGGUCAAGUUCAUGAAGCGUGGAGGGGGCUUGCUCAUUGGAGGCCAAGCCUGGGAUUGGGCCAACCAGGGUGACGAUGAAAGGGUUCUCUUCACGUUCCCUGGGAACCUCGUGACGAGCGUGGCCGGCGUGUACUUCACCGACAACAAAGGAGACACAAUCUUCAAAGUCUCUAAGAAGAUGCCCAAGAUCCCAGUCUUAGUUAGUUGUGAAGACGAUCUCUCCGAGGACAGAGAUGAGCUCCUGCACGGGAUUUCUGAGCUGGACAUCAGCAACUCGGACUGUUUCCCGUCCCAGCUGCUGGUGCACGGGGCGUUAGCCUUUCCCCUGGGGCUAGAUUCCUACCACGGCUGCGUCAUAGCGGCUGCCCGCUAUGGCCGGGGCCGGGUGGUCGUGACUGGCCACAAGGUCUUAUUCACCGUUGGUAAACUGGGCCCCUUUCUGCUCAAUGCUGUCCGCUGGCUAGACGGGGGCCGCAGAGGCAAGAUCGUGGUGCAGACAGAACUGAGGACUCUGAGCGGGCUGCUCGCCGUGGGGGGCAUAGACACCAGCAUUGAGCCCAAUCUGACCAGCGAUGCGAGUGUCUAUUGCUUUGAGCCCGUGAGUGACGUUGGGGUCAAGGAGCUGCAGGAGUUUGUAGCAGAGGGCGGGGGCCUAUUCGUUGGGGCCCAAGCCUGGUGGUGGGCCUUCAAGAACCCAGGAGUGUCCCCUUUGGCUCGGUUCCCGGGAAACCUCCUCCUCAACCCCUUUGGCAUCAGCAUCACCAGCCAAAGCCUCAACCCCGGGCCCUUUCGCACCCCUAAGGCAGGAAUAAGGACCUAUCACUUCCGCUCCACCCUGGCCGAGUUCCAGGUGAUCAUGGGCAGGAAGAGAGGGAAUGUGGAAAAGGGCUGGCUGGCAAAGCUGGGCCCGGACGGCGCAGCCUUCCUGCAGAUCCCGGCCGAGGAGGUCCCCGCCUACAUGUCAGUGCACCGGCUCCUGAGGAAGCUGCUGAGCCGCUAUCGGCUCCCCGUGGCCACCCGAGAGAACCCGGUCAUCAACGACUGCUGCAGGGGUGCCAUGCUCUCCCUGGCCACCGGGCUGGCCCACUCGGGAAGUGACCUCUCUCUGUUAGUCCCAGAAAUGGAAGAUAUGUACAGCAGCCAGUACCUGCGCCCCUUGGAAUCUCCCAUCACUGUUGAGGUCAACUGCAACAAUCCAGGCACCAGGUAUUGCUGGAUGAGUACCGGGCUCUACAUACCAGGAAGGCAAAUUAUAGAGGUCUCACUGCCCGAAGCUGCUGCCUCUGCUGACCUGAAGGUACAGAUUGGCUGCCACACUGAUGACCUGACCAGGGCCAGCAAGCUGUUCCGAGGCCCACUCGUGAUUAACCGCUGCUGCCUGGACAAGCCCACGAAGUCGAUCACCUGCCUCUGGGGCGGCCUCCUCUACAUCAUCGUGCCUCAGAGCAGCAAGCUGGGCGCUGUGCCUGUCACCGUUAAGGGGGCUGUGCGUGCCCCCUACUACAAGCUGGGGGAAACAUCCCAGGAGGAGUGGAAAAGGCGUAUCCAGGAGAAUCCAGGCCCCUGGGGAGAGCUGGCUACGGACAACAUCAUCUUGACUGUGCCAACUGCCAACCUUCGCACUCUGGAUAACCCUGAGCCACUGCUUCGCCUCUGGGACGAGGUGAUGCAGGCCGUGGCCCGGCUGGGGGCCGAGCCCUUCCCGCUGCGUCUGCCUCAGAGGAUCGUGGCUGACGUGCAGAUCUCAGUUGGCUGGAUGCACGCAGGGUACCCCAUCAUGUGUCACCUGGAGUCGGUGCAGGAGCUCAUCAAUGAGAAACUCAUCAGAACCAAGGGUCUCUGGGGCCCUGUGCACGAGCUGGGCCGCAACCAGCAGCGGCAGGAGUGGGAGUUCCCUCCGCACACCACCGAGGCCACCUGCAACCUGUGGUGUGUCUACGUGCACGAGACGGUUCUGGGCAUCCCUCGCGGACGAGCCAACAUCGCUCUGUGGCCCCCAGUUCGGGAGAAGAGAGUCAGAAUCUACCUGGGCAAGGGUCCCAAUGUGAAAAACUGGAAUGCGUGGACGGCCCUGGAAACGUACUUGCAGCUCCAGGAGGCCUUUGGGUGGGAGCCAUUCAUCCGCCUCUUCACUGAGUAUAGGAACCAGACCAACCUGCCCACAGACAACGUUGACAAAAUGAACCUGUGGGUGAAGAUGUUCUCCCACCAAGUGCAGAAGAAUCUGGCUCCAUUCUUUGAGGCCUGGGCCUGGCCGAUCCAGAAGGAAGUGGCAACCAGCCUGGCAUAUCUGCCCGAAUGGAAGGAAAAUAUUAUGAAAUUGUACCUCCUCACACAGAUGCCCCACUGAAACCGAAGUCAAGAAACAUAAAAGAGAAUUGACACGUCUCAGCCAACAAAACUGAAGGGAUUGGUUAUUAGUAAAGAAGAUCUCAACACAUUUCUGGAAGAGAGAAAGUGGAUGAAGCGAUAAUGAAGGAGUGAAGCUCCCUUUCAGACAGAAAAUAAGCUGAUCUGAACACAUAACCCCAAAGAGACUUGGGCAUCUGAAAAGUCUAUCUACUAAAGAAUUAUAUUAAUUGUGAAGUUGAACCCCAUCCCAUUCUACCCAAACCUUUGUGCACAGAACACGGGCAUUCUACCCUUGGUUUCAGUUAAAAGUCUAUUGUUGUUUGUAUAAAGGAAUCGAAUAAACUGCCUGAGGUGAGGUAGGAGUUGGUGUUCCAAAAUAAAACUUCUCUUUUUGUGGAAAUAAGUAAUCCCCUAGCCCAUUAGCUAAUUCUGUACUGACAGUUGAGAUCUUGGUUACUCAAGUAACCAAGUGCUUCUAGUCAUAGAAGGGUUUGCUGGAGAAGCAGACUGACCACACAGUGGCAGAGGGAACCCACAGCAAAUCCCAUAAACAUCAGCAGUCAUACUAAUUCUUCAGUGCAAAUGGUCAGCUAGGAAUUCCCAGACACUGAGCCUUGGGAGCAGGGGUUGGGGAAGGAACCAAGAGAGAAUUAUAUAAGAAAAAUAACCAAUUAGAAUCAGGAGAUUUGAAAACACAGCAAACUCUGGGGGAAACAGAGUUAACAUGGAAAAAAGAUUACUUAAAAAUCUAACUAUAUCAUCAGAGAGAUCUGAGGUGUAUUUGUUAGAUAAAAACACGAUGCUACAAAGAAGGGGAAACCCUGAAAAUAAGAAGAACCCUAAGGCGAAAUAAUUUUCCCUAAUGUGAAAUAACUUUCCCAAAGGUGAAAUAUUUAGAGACAGGCUGGAAUAUAAAGUCAAGCUAAUCUCCCUAGAUAACAGAGCAAAAAGAAACAGAAAAUAUAAAGAGAGGGAAGAGACAUAGACAAUCGAUAUCUAACUGUUAGGAGUUUCUGGAAGAGAGAACAGAAAAUGUAGGUGAAGAAAUGAAAAAAUGAAAUGAACAGAAAGAACUAAGUCUCCAAAUUAAGGGGACCCCAUUUAACAUACAUGUAGACACAAUCUUGUGAAAAUUUGGAACAUUAAGGAUAAAGAAGGCAAUGAAAGUACCGAGAGAAAAUAAAACUAGGUCAUAAUUAACUCAACUAAAAAGGGAUGAAAAUAGACUGGGAGCAGAUUUUUCAUCAGCAACACAAUGCUAGGAGCCAAUAGAGAAGUGUCUUCACAUGGAAAAUCCUUGUACCCAGAAUUCCACAGCAAGCCAAACUGUCAAGAGUCAAGCCAAAAGAAAGAAAUUUUCUGACAUGCAUGUUUCCAGAAAGUCUACCUUCUUUGCACCCUUACUGAGAAAGUACCUUGAGGAAGUUCUCCAGCAAAAUGAGGAUGAAAAUCGGGAAAGAGGAAGAAGUGGAAUCCAGAAAACAGUGGACUUCACCCAAAAUGUCUCACUCCAGAGUGGCAGUCAUCCAACAGGAUGGGCUUACUCCAGAGUGACAGUCAUCCAACAGGAUGUCUCACUCUGGAGUGACAGUCAUCCAACAGGAUGGCUCACUCCAGAGUGACAGUUAUCCAAGAGACCCAUUUCAGAUGAGAGUACACAGUCUUGGGCUCCCUGGGGAGAAUAUGCAUUAUGUACCAUAGGGAGUAUCACUGAGAAGCUGGAAUGUUUGAGAAUACAGAGGAGAUACAUUCUUCAGUCAACAAAAAGAAAACAAAACAAAAAUACGUCAAAUUCAGGUCCAAUUAUGCAACAACAGCAAAAAAUACUCAUGGAAUGUAAGAUGAGACUCGAUUUGACAGCAGCGGUAGGUACAUUUCAUUUCAAGUGACACAGGAAUCAUGACACUGGAUAUGUAUGGAAGAAAAUAUCCUAGCUUCUACUUAGCUCUCAGUAAACAGUAUGUACAAAGUCAAAAUAAUGUAGAUAUUAUUUAUUGGUAUUUGGUGUUCUGAUCAGCCUAUAGACAAAAUAUGAAAGGCUUAAUUUUUUAUUCAGAAAUGAAAUUCAAAGUAGUUAAUCCUGACAAGGAAAAAGAAAGCAGGAAGAGAUUGAGGAUUAGUUGUGGGCGGAGGUGGAGGGGCGGUGGUGGGGUGGAGUGGAAGGAAGACUAGAAUUACUUAUCUAUUCAAAGUGAAAAGAUCAGUCAAUGGGACAAGAACUAAAGAAUUAGCUACUGUUCAAAACUAUAAAUGAAACCAACCUAGGUAUUAAAAAUGACAUCUAUCAAAAAUUUGGGAAAGGAUAGGCAAAUGAAAGGUGGGAAUUGCGUACGUUAAAUCCUUAUCUUUUGUAAUGGGGAAUUAUUAAAGAUUGUCUAAAGUUAAUAAGUCAAGAAAUUAUUGUUCAAACAUAUUAUUUAAUGUUAGGAAGUUAGUUAACAGAAUAUCUAAAAAUAGAAAUUGUUAAAUGCAUUGCGUCUAGGGUACGGGACUAGGGUUAAAAGGGUGGGGUGGGAAACCGUGUUUUUCAUUUUAAGUCCUCUGUACUAUUUAAUUUUUUACCUUGUGCAUGUAUUUGAAAAAUUUUUAAUAAAUUCAAAUAAAAAUCC